AUGUCAUCCACUAUUGAUCAUGAAUUUGGCUCUGAAAUAAUUGUUUCAAGCAGACUAUCAAGUAUGCCGACAAAUCCAGAUCAAAGUUUGAAUGGCGACACGGAUAGACUCGAGGUAGAGUCGAGUGGUACGAGAACCACUGUGGAGGAUGAUAGUGAUCAAGACAUCCCAGUUGGUACAAGGCCAAUCAAAAAUAUCUGUUGCGUUGGCGCAGGCUAUGUCGGCGGUCCAACUGCUGCCAUCGUUGCAUUUAGAAACCCACAUAUCCGAGUCACAGUCGCUGACAAAGACGAGCGAUGCAUUCGAAGGUGGAACUCCCGACAUCUACCUAUAUACGAGCCCGGGCUUGCUCAAAUCGUUCGGGUUGCACGAGAUGGACUCCGGGAUGAUCACAUGACACCUAUGUCACCUAAAACAGAGGUACAUUCACACAUAGUCGAACAGUACAAAGCGCAAGAAUCGCCCGAAUCGCACGACAAACAACAAGGAAAAACUGCAUCCUCUCGGAUGCCGAACUUGUUUUUCUCUGCCAAUGUUUCGAAAUGUAUUCGGGAGUCGGAUAUUGUCAUAAUUGCGGUUAACACUCCAACCAAAAUGCGAGGGUCAGGUGCAGGGAGCGCAACAGAUAUGACAGCUUUCGAGGCUGUCGCUGCAGAUGUUGUGCAGCAUGCAAGGAACGGAUCUAUUAUUGUAGAGAAGUCCACAGUUCCUUGCAAAACAGCACAAAUGAUCCAGGAGAUGAUUUCUGUACGUCGGCCCGAUGGGCACUUUGAGAUUCUGUCCAACCCUGAAUUCCUCGCGGCCGGGACUGCAAUCCAUGACCUGUUCUGCAACCACAGAGGGGGGAGAGCUGCAGCAGAGGCACUCGCUGGGGUCUAUGCUGCCUGGGUUGACCGGGCCCGCAUCAUCACUACCAACAUCUGGUCAUCAGAGUUGGCGAAGCUCGUGGCUAACUCUAUGUUAGCCCAACGACUCAGCAGCAUCAACAGUAUUUCGGCAAUCUGUGAGGCCACAGGGGCUGAAGUGAAUGAGGUCUCUGCGUCGAUUGGAAUGGACUCCCGAGUUGGUGACAAAUUCCUCCGCGCAGGCAUUGGGUUCGGGGGUAGCUGUUUCAAAAAGGAUGUCCUCAGUCUUGUAUAUCUUGCUGAGUCCUUGGGUCUCAAGGAAGUUGGAGCGUAUUGGCGCCAGGUGGUGACCAUGAAUGAAUAUCAGCGCAACCGAUUUACCAGUCGUGUCAUCAAGUGCCUGAACAAUACUCUGGUUGGAAAGAAGAUCACUCUAUUGGGGUAUGCUUUCAAGAAGGACACAUCGGAUACCCGACAGGCACCUGCCCUGGAGAUAAUCAAGACAUUGCUUGAUGAAAACCCCGGAGAAAUCGCAAUAUUUGACCCUUGCUGCAAUCCCUAUGUCAUCGAAAGUGAAAUCCGCCAGCUACACGGAUACGGACCUCCCGCUCUCAGAGAUGAUGGCGGUGCCGUGAGAGUCUAUUCAAAUGUCUAUGAAGCCUGUUCAUCAUCCAACGCAAUACUCAUUGUCACCGAGUUUGAUGAGUUUCGAAAUACCGAAUUGGUUGCCGUUCCUCAUCCAUCAUACCUCCCACCGGGACACCUACCCUUGAGCCAAGAUAUGCACGACUCAUUGCAAAAAGAAGUAACUCCUGGGACAAGGGGUGUGAUUAGUCCACUAUAUGUCACCUACGCUCAAGAGAAACUUUACAUCGAGCCUAAUUGUGCUGCAGAUUGCCCAGACUGCCGGAGAGAAAAUGAUAGCGAGCUUGCUGCUGGUAAACCCAACGGCAACCUUCCCAAGAAGCAGGUUGACUGGAAGAGAAUUGCGGAUAACAUGGCAACGCCGAAAUGGUUGUUCGAUGGGCGAUGCAUUAUUGAGCGCAGGAAGAUGAGCCAGUUAGGUAUUCGAGUCGAGAGCAUUGGCUCCGCUAGCGAUAUCUAUUAA